AUGGCAAACGUUUCUGUUUUUCAUGGGGAAUCCACUGCACCCAUUCUCCACUACUUGAACACCUUUCGAAGCUAUGUCGUCUCGAAACUUGCAAUCUUUUUUUUAAUAUACCUCUCGACAUUCAUUCUCUUUGCUAUUAUACGCGUCGUAACUGGCGUGUCAAUCAAGCGCUUGGGGUUCAUGUCUCUGCGCCACAUUUCUUUUUCACCAUCAGCAGACACAUCCAUCUUCAUCAGAAGCAUAAAAUUAACUUUUCACAGACCAACCUUUUCGCGCCCUGGAUGGUUUGGCAUUAUCGUCAAUGAACUCGAAGUCCAAAUUUCUCUUGCUGCUCUUUUAAAAAAUAAGAAUAAGAAAAAAAAGAAAAAACAAACAGAUAAAAAACAAUCACAUCUUUUCGUCGAAGAAGAUGAAGAUGGCCCAAUAUGGGCCUUUUCUCCAUCAAGUCUCUUUUUAACUCGAUUUAUCCGGCUCAUUCUUCUCAAUGCUCGCUUUUUUGAGAUAACCCUCACAAAUACAACCGUUUCCAUCAAAGACCAUAUCUCAAUCAAUGUUGGCGAGCUUACCCACAAGGUCGACUUGAGAAAGUCAGCCAAACUUCAAGAAAGUACUAAAAUCAUUGGAACCUUAGACCGCCAUAAGUUUAAACAAGGCGAAGCUGCUGUCGUUUCUCGGUUCACUGUCAAAGAUAUUGUCUUGACACCAUUAAACGACCCCACAAUCUCAAAUAUGACCCGAGACGAAUUCCUCUCUCAAACUGAACUCUUGGACUUUUUCGAUAUUGAAGUCAAGGGUAUCAUUGAUGUCCACAAGCUUGCAUUAAAAGGCCUUGCUGUUGGCGUCAGAAUCGGCACCCUUAAUCUUCAUAUUGACCGUAUUCGUCAUGUUUUCCAGGGUAUCCAGGAUUGCCUUAACGCUUCAAAGGAAACAAGCGAUGACUUUUCUGUGCGACCAACCUUUUCCCGCGACAGUAGUAUAUCUUACUCUUCAGUCGAUACCAAACCAGAAAAAAUUGUCAAUGAAGAUGAUGACGAUGAAACAUCCAUUAAUACCGACGAAACUUGUGCGUUUAAAGAGCCAAGCCAAAAGGACAUUUCCACUCUCACUCGUUUUGGCACUAUUCUCGUUAGAAUUGUCAAGGAGGUCAGCGUCAAGUUUGAGCAUCUUAGCAUCCGCCACUUUUCUCUAGACCCUCCUACUUCUCCAGAUGAGACCUCAGACUUGAAAUUGUCUUGUACUGUCAAGGAUAUUAUGAUUGACAUUCGUCGCUUAAACUCGGAAAAUCCUUCAUUCCGUUUAUUUUUUAAAGACACUGAUAGCGCACAUCAGGCCAUUUUUAGCUGUAACUCUGUCAGCAUCGGCCUUUACCACAACAAUGUCCAAGAGGAAAUCCUCUACAUUCCUUUGAUAUCCACAAUUAGCAAGACAAAUAUUUUCUCGAAAACUAUUAAACUUGUUAAACGGUCAUCUGGGGACGAAAACAGCAACAAUAGUUUGCUUAGAACAAACAUCAAUAUCUCCACCCCAUCCUUCAAUCUCAAGGCCCACCACUUUCCAUUCAUUAUCCAUGGACUUUCCAAAAAAUCAAAACCAAAGUCGCAUUCAAAGUCACGUGGCUUUAACUACACAAACUCCACAUUUCAAAAGCUUUGGCCUCGUGCUGUCAUUAAGUUUGCCAUUGAUGAGCCAGCUGCUCGAAUCAUAGUCACCCCACCAAGACGGCAAAGUUCUGUUGAACCUCAGUUGCAGGCACUAUGCACUGAUUUUAGUGGCAUGGUAGUCGUCAGCUGCUCUAAAAUUUAUUGCGACUUUUCUUCAAGUCAUAUCAACGACAAUGGUAAACAAAACUACAGUCUCAAGUCGUCUCUUCAUUCUUCUGCUCUCGACGUUUUUUACCAAUCAAAUACUGGCUGUAGAUACGACCUCCUGGCCUCUGAGUCUUUUCUUCUCAAGAUUGCUGCCGUUCUCAACCCAUCAUUGUCUCUCAUUUGCACAGCUGAUCUCGAUGGCAUGAGAGUCAGCGCAUUGCAUGACGAGGUUUUGGAUGGUCUCCAAGAAGUUGCACACAACUUUAUUAGGCCAAAACCAAAGUCUACCAAAAAGAAGAGUAAACCAUUUUUCUUGCGUCAAUUCCCCUCGUGGCUUUCCCACUUUUACUUUAAAAUCUCAAAUAUCAACUUUGCCAUAGGCACUGAAAAGACGUUUGACAAGGAAAAAAUGCAUCACGAGGUACUGGGCUUAGAUGUUGGUGUUAGCAACUUUGUCAUUGACUACCGCAGUCACUUGGAAGAGCAAAAGAAUCUUUCGCUAAUUAAUCCAUCAGACAAUCCCUUCUUGUUGAGUUCCGAAAAUGAUUUUCUCGUCAACAAUGCAGAUUUGUUCAAUUCUUUUGCAUCAUCGGGAAAUAACAACACAUUUUCAAAUUCUACUGAUGAUCGCAACUUGGCAAUAACCUUUGAGGGCAUUUACGGCUACAAAAUCAUCAAUGCCAAGAGAGACCCAAAUAGUUUGUUUUUGUCAAUCCCUCGAUUUAGUGCGGCAUUUUUCACAUCCUCUGAUACGACUAGCCCUUUCAUCAGAACAAACUUCAUUCUGCGUAACGCAAACAUUUCUUGGGACUUUCAUCUGCAGUACUUGAUCACUCUCACCAUUCAUGUCAUUAGACUUAUUCUCCCUAAGCGUCCUAUUACUUUCAAUACGGAGAAAACAGAAUCACAACCAUAUGAGAAUCACCACCCUCAAAAGAAGGAGGAUAUUGAACAUGAAAUUGAACAAGACCAGUCAAAUAAAGAGGAAAAUUUUGACAUUCACUUCCAAACUGGAAUCAUUCGUUUCAAAGCUAAGCUUCCCAAUGAUGUCAAUGUUAUGUUUGAAACAAACAGCCUCAAUUACCGCAAAUCUCGCGAAUAUGUUGACACUGUAGCGGCCCGUGUCAUUCGUCUUUACACUGAUCAUCCAAAUAUUCCUAAUGCUUGGACCCGUUUGUUUGUGCUUUCUGACCUCCGUGUCACAUUUAAGGAAGAUUUUUCCAAUCUCAAGAAGCCUUAUGUUGUUGAUGACAAUGAACAAAUCCUUCUCGAGUUGCGGUCCAUUCGAAUUCACAUUACAAACCAUUUGCGCUUGUACCGUGUCUUUGACAACAUCAUUUCCAGUUUCAAGGGUGUCAUCAUUCUUGCCAAAACGGCAAAAACAGGCCAGCUUGAGCCUGGCCAUGCCAAAAUGCGCAACACCAUGCCCAACAUACCCAAGAUCCGCAUCCGCUCCAAGGGCCUGUUUUUGGGUAUUGAGGAUGACAUUUUUGAAUCCAAGCUAGGCUUGAUUUUCCGUGUCGGUCUUCGCGAGCAGCGGCUCCGCUUAGAAAAGGAGGAGCAAUUUGAAGAGAAGGUCAAGGCUGUUUUGAGCAAGUCUACUAUUCAUACCACCAAGUCUUCUCCAAGCACUUCUGUGCCCCUCUCUAGACCUUCCUUUGAAGCAAAGUCAUCGAUUCGCCAUGCAAAUACCCAGCCCGCCAUCCAUAGUCCACUCAAGGACGAAAUUCCGGCCAGUACCCUUUCUAUUAACGAUAAGAAUUCUUCGCCAUCUCCACCUCCCCCCCAUAUAAACCCGCACCGCACGGUUACAAUGGAUUCUUUGAAACCUGGGUUUAAGUACCAUAAUCCCAUCAAGCACUUGCAUUCAGGUUCUCAGACACUUCCCCAGGUUUUCAUGGGUAGACGCCGCCACAAGCAAAUGGAGGAGCCCCAGAAUGAAAUUCUAGACGAAUCUGCCUUCACAUCUCAGUCUACUGUUAGCAUUGAGGCUGCACGCAGAAAGCUUUUGGAAAACUUUUCCACCAGUUGGAUCCGAGCACACCGUGCUGCUGAGGCUAACCAAAAGCGUGCUGUGCGCGAACAGGUUGAGCUAUCCCUUGGUAUUGACGAGGUCGAUCCUGAAACUUUGGCUAAUGAGAGAAUCAUUGAUUACUCUCCGUACCCAUUCUUGUUCUUUGUCUUUAUCAACAAUACCGAUCUUUUAAUUCGGAAGCCUGAUUUCGACGAACUGGGUUUGCGAGACUUUUUAUACGAUAUUGGCAAGGGUCAGCCACGAGAUACUCAAUUUUCUCUUCUCAUUCCUCUUUACUUGGAUCUUGGUGCAAGUAGUUUACGCGUGCAAAUCCGCGAUUACCCCCUGCCCACUGUGCAUUUCCCAGAGCUUCAUCCCUCUCAACACAGAAGCACCACUUCUGUCAGCAUCCAUGGCAACUUUAUUAUUGCUGAAAAUUAUUCAGACAAGAAAGCCAAUAUCCGUGAUAUUGAUAUUCCUCUCAUUGCCGAAGCUGCCGGCCACACUGAUGACCCAGAGUUUUAUCCAUAUGUGGCUCGUGUCAAGCGUACUGUUGCGUCUAUUAAGACGUUUACGUCGCUUCAAGUCCACGGUCGUUCACACUUCCCUACCAGAAUCUCGCACUGUCAGGCUCACCAGCCAGGCAUGCAAGCUUCCAUGCAAGUCUUCGACACCUUCUCUAAGCCUCCUAUUGACCCUUCUGAGAAGAUGGGCUUUUGGGACAAGAUCAGAUUGGUCUUACAUGCGCGUCUCCAGUUCCACUGGAAGGAAAGUGAUGUUCAUUUUAUGCUCAAGGGCUCUCGCAAUCCUUACCAUUUACUUGGCUGUAGUGCUGGUUUUGUCAUGGUUUGGCGAAACAAUGUCGUCCUCUCCAUUAAUCAAGAUGACGAUCCUAAGCGUUUGUUUUCACUUUCAAGUGAUGACUAUCUUCUUGCGGUACCCAACUUUUCUUUGCAAGAGCGCGAGUACUUGUCCAAGUACAUUACCGUCCAAAACGGGUUGGUUUGCCCCACCAACUUUAACGAGAGCACAACGUUCCAGAAAGUUGUCAUGAAGCUCAGCGGUCAAGUUUGCUGGUAUAUGGGCAUGGUGUUUGAGCGCGAAAUUGAGCGUGGAACUAAUCUUGGUCGUACUUUCCAGUUCCGCCCACACUACGAGGUGACAUUGAGCAAACCCGAGUACGUCGACGACCUUUCCACUUAUGAUGCGUACCGUGGUUUUCGCAGUGACUACAUCCAUAUGGCGAUCUCCGUCAUUUCGCCAUCACAUACAGAGUACAACUCUGAUGAUGGCGAGAGUGUCAGCAACAGCUACAACUCAGUACAUCUUUCACCGAAGGCGUUUGCUCAUUUCCACAAGUGGUGGGAGCUUUUUGACAGUGCAUCUUCCCUGCCUGUUCGUAACGGCAAGAUGUUCAACUACGAUGACCCUAUGCAAAAAUCCAAAAAGCUGGGUCGUCACUUGUACACUGUUAAGUAUCAGCUCCUUCUCUCGCCUCUUUUCAUUACUCAUGCCUACCUCACUUCAGACUACGAUGCCAAAACUAAUUCGUACUCGCAUCACUCUACUGGUCUCAAGGGCAAGAUUGAUCACUUUACGCUGGAUCUGCAUCAGCGUCGUUCGCCUAAUCCUGGCGAAGAACUCUCUACUGGCAAGCGCUGGAGAAUGCAUCUCAAUGUUGGUGAGCUGGAUUUCAUCAACACUGACCUCCGUGUCAUCCAGGCUACCUUCAAGGAGAAGUCGCACCAGCAGUCGCUCGCCAAGAAGUUUGGCUUUUCAGUCUCUCCUGGCUCGUCUAUUUCCAAUGGCUACAGUCACUCGUCCAGCAGUGGCCACUACACUGGUAAAAUCAAAAUCAGUGACAAUGACUAUUCUUGGAUUGACAUGGACGAUUUUGACGAGCUUGGUGAAACAUCACCAGCCACAAUCUUCCCCAAGAUUACAGUGUCUCCAAUGUUGUACUCACCUAGAUGGUCGUACUUCCGUCAAACUGAUCACGACGACCCUCGCAAGUAUGGAACAUUUAUCCCAUUUGGCAGUGAGAAUUCGCACGACUGUGUCAUUGGCAAUCGUCCCCCCGAGGAUUCCCACAAGAUCAUUAUUAAUUCUCGUCUUUCCGAGCUCGAAGAGCAACUCAAGACGAACGAGACCAUGCUUGACUCGCUAAAAUCUGAUCUUGAACGCUUCCCUGGUGUCAAGGCUACUAGUGACCGGAUUAAGAAGGUCCAGAUUGAUGUCACUAACUUGAAGGAGCGUAUUGCCAAGGUUAGAGAAAUUGCAGUUGAGCGAUUUCAAGUUGAGGAUGAAAUCGACACCACUGCUCGCAAUGUUGCCAAAAACGUCGAGCUUGCACGCAAAGUCUACGAUAACAAAAGUGCAAUGGGCUUGGAUCAGGCUACCGAGCCCCAGCCCCCAUCAUCGCCUUCUGGGCCUUUGCCUGAGCCAUAUUUGGGUAAUGAAGAUGACAGUGUCAAGAUUGAUACUCUGGAUAUUCCUUCCAUUUUUGAAGACGGUCUCAGUGAAUUUGGAAUCCAAGUUACUCGCACCAUCACUGACUGUGAAAGUGUAUCAUCGGAGCCUGAGUUUGAUCAGCAGCGUAUUGAAGAGCCUUCUACUACUAGGAGCUCCAUCAUUCCUCCUUCUAGCCGGCGUGAUUCGAUAUUCGUGCCUGUGGAUACCCACGCCUCGACUGCUUCCAGUAUCCAUGAGCUUCACGAGCUUAAUUCUAUUGGUAGUGCCGAUUCUCUUGAGCCCUUGGACACCAUUGCUAACGCUAGGGGUGAUAGUGUGUUUACGAAUCGUUUCAUUAUCCACAGCAUGCAGCUCAAAUGGAAUAAUGAAAUUCGAAACUCUGUUUCUCAUUACUUUGCCCGUGUCAGUGAGCGCAAAAAGCACGCUUACUACAUCACUCGGCGUGCUGUCAAGUACUUGGAAGAUUUGGCUGAAAAGCAUUCUCUCAACCACCCUGAGGAUGGCCCCGUUGAACUUUCCGGAGAGGAUAUUGGUGAUCUUCUCAAGGAACUCAAAUCUGAGUUCCCUGGCUGCGACCCUCAUUUCAACAACAUGUUGGAUGAUAUGGAAGGCCAUCUUUCUGCAUUUGAUGCCAGUUUGGCAACCACCGAGGGAAGCUUUGAUGCUGAAGAAAAGUACCUUAUCCGUCUCACAAGCCCUCAGAUUCAGCUUGUUAGUGACGUCAAUCCAGAUUCUGCUGUUUUGGUGACUUCUGAGAAUAUUCAGCUCAAGGUCAUUGAAAUUGUUGACACCGAACGGGAACUCGGCGAUCAGUCGCGUGUAUUGGAAAGUAGAUAUGGCGUUUUCCUCCAGGAAGCACAAUUUUAUGUUCUUUCUGCAGAAAAUGUAAAAAACAAUGCUUACCUUUACUUUAGUCAUAACACCUAUGGCUGCGGCAAAUCUGCCAUGUGGCCACCUUGGCUUGCAGUUGAGUGCUGUUACGACGACCAGGCUUUGGAAGAGUUCUUAGUCAUUAAUAAAACAUCUGCCACUCUUCGCUAUGACAAGCCCAAUUCGCUUCGCAUCCAGGAAAGCACCAGUACGGAGGAACUCCAAAAUACUUGCACGGCUGCUCUCAUUCGCCACGAAAUCCACCAUCAGAAUCGCAUUGCGGUGGAUUUCCCCAAGAUUGUUGCUACUACAGAUUCGCAUCAAUUUUUUGCUGCUUACACUAUUGUCAUUGACUUGAUUCUUUACUCUGAACCUGUCAAAAAGCAGCACAGCGAGCAGCUUGACAAGGUCCUUUUGACCACGGACUUUAAUGACUUGAAAAAGGCCAUCAACCAGGUCCGUGAUCUUCAGACCAAGAUUCGCAAGUUUGAUGACAUUAGAAUGGAGUACAUUACUCGUAUGUCGGAACUUGACGAGUCUGCUAUUCGUGACUUGGCCAAGGUCGAGCUCAUCCAAGACAAUCUUUCUUUUGAGCUUGGUAUUCUUGUUGUUGCUAUCAAGACUGGCAUGCAAAAGGGAUCUCGUGACGAAGACUCAUCUCAGUUUUUCAAGUGGGCUAUUGGUGCCAACCAAAUCAUUUGGCACGUUCUCGACGCUAAGCAUCGACCAUUUAUGGACAUGGGUCUUGCUGACGCAUCAUUCAACAGAAUUGAAAACACUGACGGGUUCAAUGCAAACUCUGUUGAGGUUGGUGUCAUGCAGGCUUUCAAUCUUGAGCCUGAGGCUGUCUAUCCUGAAAUUUUCUCACCAUACGUGCCAAACAAUGGCAAGUUUGAUUCUUCAAAGGGGAAGCUCAUGUCUAUUAACUGGACUAUGCUGGAUCCUAUUGGUGGUAUCCCUAUCAUGCAGAAGUUUGAAGUUGCUCUUCGCCCGCUCAAGCUGCAGUUUGAGCGCAAUACUUGGGACAAGAUCUUUUCUUUUGUUUUCCCCGUCAACAAGGACGGGACUCGAGAUGACCGUCCCAUUUUCCCAUCCCGAAAUAAGAAGGACAUUAAUAGCCCUAGUAGUCCGACUACUUAUGAGCACUUUUCCGACACUGAUGAUUCGGAUGACGAUGACGAUGAUGGCGAUGAUGACAGCAUUUCUGAUACAGCCAGUGGCACGGGCAUUGGUACAUUUUUGAGGAAGGCAGGCUCGAUCAAGUUGGACUCAGAGUCAGAAAAUAAUUCUGUGCGACAUAGAAAGCUUAAUACGCUUAAUCCCUUCCAGAGUAGCCGCUUGUCACACCUGACUUCUGGUUCUGCCAGUAUACGGUCCGGAAAUACCAAGACCCCGUCGCCGGGUACCAACUCUCCUGAACACAAGCGCUCGCCUGUUGGAACAGCGAUAGCCACUAAUGGGAAUGAUGAUAGCCAUAACGGCAAACAGGUUGCUCUUGUUGAAACUUCCAAGGAUGAUGAUGUUGCGUUGAUGAUAAAGAGAGCCUCAAACUACAUGGCUAUUGUUCAGAUUCGAUUUGUGGAAACAACGGUUUGUGUUUCCUACAAGGGCCAGGGCUCACGCAACCUUCUUGAUAUUCACGAGUUUGUUCUUAAAGUGCCUGAGAUUUCUUACCAAAACAAGACAUGGUCUAACAUGGAUCUUGUUUUGCAUCUCAAGAAGGACAUUACUAAGGUUCUCUUGAAUCACAGUGGCUCGCUUCUAGGCAACAAAAUCAAGAAGCAUCAUCAGACCCGAAAGAAAGGUCAGCAGCUCCAUCAGAUUUCAGACUAUGUGUCGUUUAUUUCAGUGGAUGAUCUUGCCAGUACAGAGUCUGGAAGAAGCAGCAAGAAGGAGGUUGUGCCUGGGCUUUCUGUAAUUUCUGAGGGUGACCAGUCUGCAUACUCUUUGCCUGUGAAGAAUGGGGGCCAGGUUGAUUCUAUUUCCCCUACAGGUACAGAUUCUUUUGAGGAAUCUGGGAAUAAGGCAAGAUUGUCACGUCAGCAGUCGACAUCUUCAACACCCUCACAUACUAGCAGUGUGUUGAAUCACGUCUUGCGCCCGCACUCUGCCAAAUCUAGUAAUAAUAAUGAUGCGGAUGACGACAAGAGUACUGGCAAGAAGCGCAGAAUGUUGAAGCGCCUUUUGAAUUCAUAA